UUCCGUCUUUUUUUUCUCGGUUGCUUUCUCUCGGACUUGUAGGGUUUAUUGUCAUUUCGUUGUUGUUGUUUUUUUUGUAACUGGGAUCAUCAAUCAUAAUCUCCCGACAUUCCUCAAAAAUGUUGGGUAUUCAAAGGAAUCAGCUUAGUGCUUUUUUAGAAACAUAUGUGUGAUAAAGGAACCAGCUUUGUCUUUCUUACAUCAGUAAUGUCUUGGUAGAUUCUUGAUGUUGAGGUUUCUUGGUAACAGGGAGUUUGUUUAAUCGGCGAGAAUAAAUAUAUAAUUCAUUCGCCAUGAAUGAGAAUUUAGAGGAAAAAAAGUAUAUUCUGAUCCGUGAUGGUGAUGAGGAGGAGAAUGAGUUAGGAGGACUCUUCUAUAAGCCUCUUCCUUGCUUUGGUUUUGGAAUCGGAUGGCUCUCGUUUCUUGUUGGAUUCGUCUUCCCGUUUGCGUGGUACUUUGCCACAUUUCUAUAUCUAACAAACUAUUACCGCAGAGAUCCUCGGGAACGAUCUGGUCUUGCUGCCUCUGCUAUUGCUGCUCUGAUAUUCAGUGUUGCACUUGUGAUCACUGUUCUUGUACUUGUUUUCUCGUGUCGCUAAUUCUUUCUGGGGUUUUCAAAAGAAACAGCUUCAAGUCUGUUUCCAGAAGUGAAAGUAUUAUAUUUUGAUGAAGAAGAGAAGGUAUACCCGCUAGUCCUUUUAGACUCAAAGUUUGGUUUGUUCUUGUACAUAGAUUGUUGUCAGCUUAUUAAAAGUUCAAAAAUGUGAUACCUAACUGUUGGAAGAGAUCUAUAUAGCUUCAGGCUUGUAUGUUAUUUUAUUCA